AUGCCUCCUUCUUCACACGGGAAUUCGAUGAUACCUGAUGUGGUCCAGCGAGACGAGACGACCACGACUGGGGGUGCAUUAUCACCUUCUAACUUCAUACAAAGUGCCAAAGAACAUUUCAACGUUUCUGGAACUUCUAUACUCGUCGCUUGGGGUCUUACCGCUGUUGCUUCCCUAAUAAUAAUUUUACUAUUCUCAAGAUGGCGAUUGGUCCAAAAACCAGAUUACGAACUCAUUUAUCUUCCUCGAGCAAAAGCAUGUGCUAGAAAAGAGAGAUUGAGACAAGAAGGAGGGAAGAAAGAGAAACAAGAUGGGAUUUGGUCUGCUCCUGUUCCUCCUUUGAAUCGAACAUUCUUUGGUUGGUUGAAACCAGCUUGGAAAGAUGUCAUGAUAGAUCUUCAAUGGGUCAACAGGAGUGAAGCUCAGAAAGAGAGGAACAAACAACUUCUUGAUGAUCUUGGUCUGGACGCUUUCACUUACAUUCAAUUUCUCCGUUUACUCCGUUGGCUAUUUUUGACUCUCUCCAUCGUGGUAGCGAUGCCACUCGUCACUGCUAAUUACCUCAUCAACACAUCUACUCAAUAUUCCGAUUAUACAGUUGCUUCCACUACUUCAAACCUCACCUCAGCCGUCAGUGGGAAUAGUACUGCCUUAUUGACAGGUAUACAAUUAUUGACAGCUGCAAAUAUUCAGGGGAAUGCCUUGUUGGUUCAUAUUGGUUUUGAAGGGAUUGCUACUUGUAUCGUUGGUGUAUUCUUCAUGCAACAAUUAUGGAGACAUGGAGCAUCAGUAGAAAGAUGGAGAGCGAUGAAUUACGCCGAAGUAUCCUUCAAAACAGUAUUCCUCACUCAUCUAAAUGUCGCACCCACUGAAUCAGUAUCGACCGGAUCAUCCCUCAAAGAACAUUUCACAAAACCCAAAAAACGUCGGAUAGUACUUGAGGCUCAACAGAUAAUUCGUAAACGAUUAAGAUACGCCGGGAACUUGGACCAAAGUAACGUUUGGUUUCCAUUACAUGAUGUUGGAAGAUUAGCCGACGAAACGGAUGAAUAUGUCAAAGAAGAAUUCGAAAGGGUCAACACAUUGUUUUAUAUGCAUCAAGUGAGGGAUUUGAAGAAUCCUAUGGUGGAUGCUCCGAGGAUCUUUACUAGUUUUUGGGCAAAAGUGAUGAGGCGACAUUCUAGACUUGAAGAAGCUGUAGAAGUCGCAUUGACUCGUCAAAAAAAGUUGAAUGAAAGUAGAUCAGCCAUUCUCAAUGGGAACAAAUACUUUGCACCUCAAGGGAUGAUGAAAGAUACCGCCGAGUUGAAGAGAAGUGUGACUCACGCCUUCGUCUCCGUCCCCGCUGUCGACAAAGCUCAAGCGCUUUCAGCUCAAUCUUUGAAAGAUCCCGGUAAGUCCAUCUUGAAAGGUGUCAAAGUGGAGCUGGCUCCAAGACCGAGAACAAUUAUAUGGAGGAAUCUGGAAAGAUCAGAAAAAUCAAAGUUGAUUCAUGCUUGGAUAGGAAGAGGGAUAUUCUUGGUCAUUAUAAUAUUGAAUUGUGUUCCAUUGAUGGUGAUCCAGUGGUUGGCCAAUCCCGCACCGCUUAUCGCCGCUUGGCCAUGGCUAGAUUCCAAAACCAAAGAAAACCCAGUCUAUCUGACAGUCUUAAACGCUUUCUCCGGUGCUAUGUCCGCUUCUGUCUCUGGAAUCUUUUAUCUGAUUCUGCCAUAUGGAAUGCGAAGACUUAGUCGGUGGUCCGGUGCGUUGUACAGAGGUCAAUUGGAUAAAGAUGUAAUCAGAGGGUUGUUCAAUUUUCUAUUGAUCUCAAACUUUGUAAUCUUUUCUCUCCUUGGAGUCCUUUAUUCAGCCUAUACAGCAGUCAACACCGAGUUCGCCAAUCAAGCCAAUGUCACCGUAUUCGAUUAUCUUAAAGCUAUGGCUAAAGUACCAACACAAGUGACGAACGCUUAUAUUUCUGAAUCAUCUUAUUGGUUAUCUUGGUUCCCGAUGCACGCAGCUAUCAUAGUCCUUCAAUUAUUACAAUUACCCGCAUGGGCAAUGCAGAUAUAUCAACUAUAUAUAAGAGGUGUCGAAACUCCUCAAGCAUGGGAAGAAGCCAUUCAACCUGCUACCUUCGAAUAUGCUAUCGAAUAUUCUCAACAUUUGUUCGCUAUGGUCGUCGGAUUGGUUUACGCACCAUUAGCUCCACUAGUCACCGUGUGUUGUACCGUUUAUUUCUGGACAGCAUCAAUAGUACACACACAUCAACUUACCUAUGUGGAAGAUACGAAAGAAACAGAUGGACAAGCUUGGAACGUAGUUAUGAACCGUGUUCUUGUCGGAUUGGGAUUCAUGCAGUUGUUAAUGUUAUUAACCGUACUCCUCAAAACCAACUCCAUAUCACUCUCCGUCGCAGCUUCCCUUCCCAUUCUCCUCACUUUACUCUUCACCUACUUGGUUCGUAUUCAUCGUCCCAAAAAGACAAACAUAUCUACCAGAUCUUCUUCUUCCUCCACAGCACCGAAUUACCUACCCGAGUUCUUGGGAAGUAAUUGGCAACCUCAAUUGACCAUAGUGAACGCUACACGCGUGAGGGAAUUGUUUGAUAAAGGUAGAGGGAAUUGGGGAUCUGAGAAGAAGUUCGGAGGAACGGUCAAGAUGGUUGGUCAAUUGGAGAAGAAGGUAGGGGAGUUGGUAUGA